AUGGUUGUGUUCCUGGCUAUUGGAAGGAAGGUGAACGCCCAGAAGUCCACCGAGCAGCGGGAGAUCGCGCAGAAGGCGCUCAAGGACGGGGAGCAGACGUGGCGAUCCCCCCCAGCUGCAUGAGCGGGAAAAGGCCCCGCUCCUGCUGCUGCUGCUGCUGCUGUUGCUUCUGCUGCUGCUGUUGAGACAAGCGAAGCUCUCUUUCGGGGUUGAACCAAGAUUGUGUGUCUUUCUCGCAGCCGAAAGUGUAAAUUACUCCAACCAAUCAAAAGUUCUCUAUAAUUGCUCGGAAGUUUCGUAGGGUCGACUGAGGCGCCGGUACAUUUGAUCUCUUGGCGGGGUACGUUCUAUGCUCUUUCUUGGAUGGCCGCAGUUGCCUUCAGAACAAGAAGUUUGUGUGUGUGACGAGACCUCCGCGGAGCCACCUCGCCCGGCCGUCACGACGGCACUGGUUUAUUGUUUGUUUUCAUUUCUACGGCCGCAAUACGGCCGGCAGUGUGUGUGUCCUGGUGUCAUCGUAUGCGUACGGGCCCGGCGAAUCGUGUGCAGCAACAGAUGAAAAUAAACAAAAAAUCGAAUCGCGUUCACCCCUUC